UCUGAGAGCAUGGACUAGGUGGCGGGUGCUCUGGGGCCCUCACUUGUGCGUUGCUUUUCCUCUCCCUCCUCUCCACCACCGGCAGAAAAGACAGCGGGGCCAUGAAGCUGUCCCUACUCUUGGCUUUUGUCUCUGUCAUUCCGGCUGCUGUUCAGCUGUUGGACACUAGGCAAUUUUUAAUUUAUAAUGAAGAUCACAAGCGCUGUGUGGAAGCCAUCAGUUCCAGUGCCGUCCAGACUGCAGUUUGCAACCAGGAUGCUGAAUCACAGAGAUUCCGAUGGGUGUCUGAAUUCCAUGUCAUGAGUGUUGCAUUUAAAUUAUGCUUGGGGGUGCCUUCCAAAACCGACUGGGUUUCUGUCACUCUAUAUAAUUGUGACUCAAAAAGUGAAUUUCAGAAAUGGGAAUGCAAAAAUGACACACUUUUUGGAAUCAAGGGUGAAGAUUUAUUUUUUAACUAUGGCAACAGACAAGAAAAGAAUAUUAUGCUGUACAAGGGAUCUGGUUUGUGGAGCAGGUGGAAGAUCUAUGGAACCACAGAUGAUCUGUGCUCCAGAGGUUACGAAGCCAUGUAUACGCUACUGGGCAAUGCAAAUGGAGCAACCUGUGCAUUUCCAUUCAAGUUUCAAAACAAGUGGUACGCGGAUUGCACAAGUGCAGGGCGCUCAGAUGGAUGGCUCUGGUGUGGAACAACCACAGACUACGAUGCGGAUAAGCUCUUUGGAUUCUGUCCAGUGAAAUUUGAGGGAAGUGAAAGCCUGUGGAAUAAAGAUCCAUUGACCAGCAUUUCCUACCAGAUAAACUCCAAAUCUGCUUUAACGUGGCACCAGGCAAGGAAGAGCUGCCAACAACAGAAUGCUGAGCUCUUGAGCAUCACUGAGAUACAUGAGCAAACCUACCUGACAGGAUUAACCAGUUCUUUGACGUCAGGACUCUGGAUUGGGCUUAACAGUCUGAGUUUCAACAGCGGUUGGCAGUGGAGCGGUGGAAGUCCCUUCCGAUAUUUGAACUGGUUACCAGGAAGUCCAUCGGCAGAACCUGGGAAAAGCUGUGUAUCACUAAAUCCUGGAAAAAAUGCUAAAUGGGAGAAUCUGGAAUGUGUCCAGAAACUGGGCUAUAUUUGCAAAAAAGGCAAUACUUCUCUGAAUUCGUUUGUUAUUCCCUCAGAAAGUGACGUGCCCAGCAACUGUCCUAGUCAGUGGUGGCCAUAUGCAGGUCACUGCUACAGGAUUCACAGAGAGGAGAAGAAGAUCCAGAAAGAUGCCUUGAUUGCCUGUCGCAAGGAAGGUGGUGAUCUAGCAAGCAUCCACAGCAUUGAGGAGUUUGACUUCAUUAUCUCUCAGCUAGGAUAUGAGCCAAAUGAUGAGCUGUGGAUUGGCUUAAAUGACAUCAAGAUUCAAAUGUACUUUGAGUGGAGUGAUGGGACCCCUGUAACCUUUACCAAAUGGUUUCGUGGAGAACCAAGCCAUGAGAACAACAGGCAGGAGGACUGUGUUGUGAUGAAAGGCAAGGAUGGAUACUGGGCAGAUAGGGCCUGCGAGCGGCCCCUAAACUAUAUCUGCAAGAUGACAUCUCGAACCCAAGCUACAGGAAUAGUGGAAGUAGAAACAGGAUGUAGGAAAGGCUGGAAAAGACAUGGCUUUUACUGCUAUUUGAUUGGACACACACUUUCUACAUUUACAGAAGCAAACCAAACUUGUGAAAGUGAGAAAGCUUACUUAACAACUGUUGAAGACAGAUAUGAACAAGCAUUCCUGACUAGUUUGAUUGGAUUGAGGCCUGAAAAAUAUUUUUGGACAGGACUUUCAGAUAUACAAAACAAAGGCACCUUUCAAUGGACCAUUGAGGAAGAGGUUCGGUUCACUCACUGGAAUUCAGAUAUGCCAGGAAGAAAGGCAGGAUGUGUUGCCAUGAGAACUGGGAUUGCAGGGGGCUUAUGGGAUAUUCUGAAGUGUGAUGAAAAGGCAAAGUUUGUGUGCAAGCACUGGGCAGAAGGAGUAACCCGUCCACCAGAGCCCACCACAACUCCUGAACCCAAAUGUCCAGAGGACUGGGGCACCAGCAGUAAAACAAGCUUGUGUUUCAAGCUGUUUGCGAAGGGAAAACAUGAGAAGAAAACAUGGUUUGAAUCUCGAGAUUUCUGUCGAGCUGUGGGCGGAGAGUUGGCUAGUAUCAAUAAUAAAGAGGAACAACAGAUAAUAUGGCGAUUAAUAACGGCUGGCGGGAGCUACCAUGAACUGUUCUGGUUGGGGCUGACAUAUGGAAGUCCUUCGGAGGGCUUUACUUGGAGCGACGGCUCUCCUGUUUCAUAUGAAAACUGGGCUUAUGGAGAACCAAAUAAUUAUCAAAAUGUUGAAUUUUGUGGUGAGCUAAAAGCUGACCCUGGCAUGUCCUGGAAUGAUAUCAACUGUGAACACCUUAACAACUGGAUUUGCCAGAUCCAGAAAGGACAAACACUAAAACCUGAGCCAACACCAGCUCCUCAAGACAAUCCACCAGUCACUGAAGAUGGCUGGGUCAUUUACAAAGAUUAUCAGUAUUAUUUUAGCAAAGAGAAGGAAACCAUGGACAAUGCACGAGCAUUUUGCAAGAGGAAUUUUGGUGAUCUUGUUUCUAUUAAAAGUGAAAGUGAAAAGAAGUUUCUUUGGAAAUAUGUAAACAGGAAUGACGCACAGACAGCAUAUUUUAUUGGUUUAUUGGUCAGCUUGGAUAAAAAGUUUGCUUGGAUGGAUGGAAGCAAAGUAGAUUAUGUGUCCUGGGCCACAGGUGAACCAAAUUUUGCAAAUGAGGAUGAAAACUGUGUAACUAUGUAUGCAAAUUCAGGGUUUUGGAAUGACAUUAACUGUGGUUAUCCAAAUGCCUUCAUUUGCCAGCGGCAUAACAGCAGCAUCAAUGCCACAGUUAUGCCUACCGCGCCUCCAGGCCCACGUGGUUGUAAGGAAGGUUGGAAUUUUUACAAUAACAAGUGUUUCAAGAUCUUUGGAUUUGUUGAAGAAGAAAAAAAAAAUUGGCAAGAUGCACGAAAAGCUUGCAUAGGGUUUGGCGGAAAUUUGGUUUCCAUACACAAUGAAAAGGAGCAAGCAUUUCUUAUCUAUCAUAUGAAGGACUCCACUUUUAAUGCCUGGACUGGGCUGAAUGAUGUCAAUUCUGAGCACACGUUCCUUUGGACGGAUGGGCGAGGAGUUCAUUAUACAAACUGGGGGAAAGGUUUUCCUGGUGGAAGAAGAAGCAGUCUGUCUUAUGAAGAUGCAGACUGUGUUGUUAUUAUUGGAGGGAAAUCAAGGGAUGCAGGGAAAUGGAUGGAUGACACUUGUGACAGUAAGCAAGGCUACAUAUGCCAGACACCUUCUGACCCUUCCUUGCCUAGUUCUCGGACAACAGUUCCAACAGAUGGCUUUAUUAGAUAUGGUAAAAGCAGCUACUCACUCAUGAAACUGAAGUUACAAUGGCAUGAAGCAGACAAAUACUGCAAGGAUGACACUUCCCUCAUUGCUAGCAUUCUGGAUCCCUAUAGCAAUGCAUUUGUGUGGAUGCAAAUGCAGACAUUUAAUGUACCUGUGUGGAUUGCUCUGAACAGUAACUUGACCAACAAUGAGUACGUUUGGACUGAUAGAUGGAGGGUGAGGUACACUAACUGGGCUCCCGAUGAGCCCAAACUGAAGUCAGCAUGUGUCUAUCUGGAUCUUGAUGGCUACUGGAAGACAGCACAUUGCAAUGAAAGCUUUUAUUUUCUCUGCAAAAGAUCAGAUGAGAUCCCUGCCACGGAGCCCCCACAACUGCCUGGCAGAUGCCCGGAGUCCGAGCACACGGCCUGGAUUCCUUUCCAUGGUCACUGCUACUAUAUUGAAUCCUCAUACACAAGGAACUGGGGACAGGCGUCUCUGGAAUGUCUCCGAAUGGGUUCUUCUCUGGUUUCCAUUGAAAGUGCAUCUGAGUCUAGUUUUCUGUCGUAUCGGGUUGAGCCUCUUAAAAGUAAAACCAAUUUUUGGAUAGGAAUGUUCAGAAAUGUGGAAGGAAUGUGGCUGUGGGUAAACAACAACCCAGUCUCCUUUGUCAACUGGAACACGGGCGAUCCCUCUGGUGAACGAAAUGACUGUGUGCUUUUAGAUGCAUCAUCUGGACUUUGGAAUAACAUUCACUGUUCUUCCUACAAGGGUUAUAUUUGUAAAAGACCAAAAAUUGUUGAUGCUGAACCUACUCAGACGGAAGUUACAACAAAAGCUGACUCAAGAAAGGAUGCCCCUUCCAAAAAGUCUUCCAGCAUGGCAGGAGUGGUGAUUAUCGUGACCCUUCUGAUUCUGACUGGUGCUGGCUUUGCUGCCUAUUUCUUUUAUAAGAAAAGACGCGUGCACAUACCUCAAGAGGGCACCUUUGAAAACACUCUUUAUUUUAACAGCCGGUCAAGCCCGGGAACUAGUGACACCAAAGAUCUCAUGGGCAACAUCGAACAGAAUGAACAUGCAGUCAUCUAGUGGCAUAAUGUGAUUUUAAUAUCUUUGAAUUUCAUAAUAUUGUAACUAAAAUUUUAAUUCUUUAAUUCAGUGCAAUUGUUUCUUUUAAAGUGAGUACUGUAUUGUACUAGUCUGUUCUUUUUCUUUGCAUAAUUGAAGAAAUAAUUGCUCAUUUUCUAGCCUGUCAAGAUAUUUUCACAAGUGCAAAAAAAAAGAGGUGAUAAAUUUAAAUUUAAAAAAGGAUAAUAAAUUUAAAAAGUGAUUACCCUUUAAAAAUAUCUUAGGUGAGUGCACAUCAUGACUACAAUGCCAACAUUUAAGCAUCAUUUGCUGCGUAGCUGAGUGUCAAGUUCAUGCAGAUCAUUAGAGUUCCAGAAACAAUCAACUAACCUUCUGAAAUAGUUUAAGAAGUUCCCAAAGAUAUGUUACCUAUUGAAUUGUGAUUAAAAAUUAGAAGACCAUUUUAAAUCAAGCAUGAAUGACUUCUCAUGGCAUAAAAAUUUAUUCAAUUUUCUCUUUACCACUCUUGACUUCUACUCCAAUUAUUUGAAGACUAAGGCAGCUGAGAAUCUUCUUCCCACGCAAGGUUUUACCAGCUGAGCAUUGCAAAUAUGUUCUUUGUCCUGUUAUAUGUAUAUCAGGAACACAAAGAUGUGAAAUAAAAAUGUAAAUUUGCAUAACUGGAUGUACUUAGAUAAUGUGAAAUAAACAUUUUAUUUUUAAAGA